AUGUCCUCCACAGUGAACAACGGGGCGGCCAGCAUGCCGUCCCCGCCCGACGCGGCGAACGGCUUUCCGCAGCCGGGCGCUUCGUCGGGGGCCUGGCCGCGGGCAGAGGAGGAGCUGCGCGCCGCGGAGCCCGGCCUAGUGAAGCGCGCGCACCGCGAGAUCCUGGACCACGAGCGCAAGCGACGCGUGGAGCUCAAGUGCAUGGAGCUGCAGGAGAUGAUGGAGGAGCAGGGGUACUCAGAGGAGGAGACCCGGCAGAAGGUCAGGACUUUCCGGCAGAUGCUAAUGGAGAAGGAGGGAAUGCUCGCCAGGGAGGACCGGCCUGGGGGCCACGUCGUGGCGGAGACCCCGCGGCUGAUCGAGGGCUCCGAGCAGGACCUGGAGUACGCGCCCUUCGACGAGGACGACGGCCCGGUGGGCUGCGACUGCCCGGCCGCCUGCUACCGAGGGCACCGGGGCUACAGGACCAAGCACUGGUCCAGCAGCUCGGCGUCGCCCCCUCCCAAGAAGAAGAAGAAAAAGAAAGGCGGCCACCGGAGAAGCCGCAAAAAGAGGAGACUAGACUCCGAGUGCAGCUGUGGGAGCUCCUCACCCCUGCGCAAGAGGAAGAAGAAUGUGAAGAAACACCGCCGAGACAGGUCUGAUUCUGGGUCCCGGAGGAAGAGACGGCACAGAUCUCGAAGCCCCAAGAGCAAAAGGAAAGAAAAGAACAAAGAAAGAAAGAGGCCACAUGCAGAGACCCCAGGCCGGAGGUCCCAUCGCCACAGCAGCGGCAGCUCCCACAGUCCCUCACUGUCCUCCCAUUACAGUGAUUCCAGAUCACCCAGCAGGCUGAGUCCCAAGCACCGAGACGACGGGCGGAAGACGGGCAGCCAGCGGUCCAGCGGGAGCCGGUCUCCUUCCCCGUCCGGCGGCAGCGGAUGGGGGUCACCCCAGCAGAACGGCGGCAGCAGGCAGCGGAGCGGAGCUCACGGGGGCCGCCCCGGCUCGACGCACAGCUCGCUCGAUCCUCCCAUUUGA